AUGGAGCGCUCGCAGAGCCGCAUCAGCCUGUCGGCGUCCUUCGAGGCCCUCGCCAUCUACUUCCCCUGCAUGAACUCCUUCGACGAGGAUGAUGGGGUGGAUACGGAGGGCAGGAAGUUGAAGGGAGGCAUCCAGAGGAGCACGGAGACGGGUCUGGCUGUAGAGAUGCCCAGUCGGACCGUCCGGCAGGCGAGCCACGAGUCGAUAGAGGACAGCAUGAACAGCUACGGCUCCGAGGGAAACCUGAACUACAGCGGCAUGUGUUUGGCAUCGGACGCACAGUUCAGCGACUUCCUGGACGGGAUGGGACCCGCUCAGUUUGUUGGGCGACAGACGCUGGCGACAACGUCGAUGGGUGACAUAGAGAUCGGCCUCAUGGAGAGGAACGGGGGUCUGGAGGUGGAGGUCGUCCAGGCCAGAGGACUCACCAUGAAACCAGGUUCAAAGGGACCUCCAGCGGCCUACAUCAAAGUUUACCUCCUGGAGAACGGGAUCUGCGUGGCCAAGAAGAAGACCAAGUCAGUGAGGAAGUCUCUGGAUCCUCUCUACAACCAGGUCCUGGUCUUCUCUGAAAACCCGCAGGGGAAAGUGGUGCAGGUGAUCGUUUGGGGCAACUACGGACGGAUGGACCGGAAAUGCUUCAUGGGAGUAGCUCGAAUCCUAUUGGAGGAGCUGGACCUCAGCACGAUGGUGAUUGGCUGGUACAAGCUCUUCCCUACAUCCUCCAUGGUGGACCCGACGAUGGCGCCACUCAUCCGCCACUCCUCCCAGAUGUCCCUGGAGAGCACCAUUGGGCCCUGCUGUGAGCGAUCCUAA